CGUAAUUAAAAACAAAUGUAAACUUAUUCAAAAAUGGAUUCGCAAGUUUUCCUCCGCCAAAAUGAAACGUACGAAGACUUUUAUAAUCGUUGCAAUAAUUUGUCGAACUUUGAUUGUACCGAGGAAGAAAUGUUAUGGUGGAUAAUGGGAUCUCGACGGCUGCCAUUAAAAGAAAUAAUCCCCAUUAGUUUCGUGUUAGUGGUUAUUUUUUUAACUGGGGUUAUUGGUAAUGUGUGUGUGUGCGUAGUGAUUAUACGGAACCCCGGCUUGCACACGGCUACAAAUUAUUAUCUGUUUAGUUUGGCUGUAAGCGAUCUUCUUUUGUUGUUGUUCGGUCUACCCAACGAUUUAACAGUCUACUGGCACCAAUACCCAUACAGUUUGGGCCUGGUGUUCUGCAAGCUCCGAGCUUUAAUAUCAGAAGCGGCAACCUACGUGUCCGUGUUGACGAUAUCUGCGUUCACCCUGGAGCGCUAUCUCGCUAUAUGCCAUCCUUUACACCUCUACGCCAUGGCAGGACUGACCAGGGCUUCAAGGAUCAUCCUAGUACUGUGGGUGGUUGCGUUUGUCUGUGCGUCACCGUUUGCUGUUUACUCCGAUAUUAGUUAUAGGGACUAUCCGCCAAAUUCCGGCAACAUAUCCCUGGAUUCAGCGUUCUGUGCGCUGAUGGCGUCAUCACCGCUUCUAGAAUUAAGCAGUAUAUUUUUCUUUUUCGUGCCAGCCAUUCUCAUCCUAUGCUUGUAUGUUACAAUGGGAUGCCAUAUAAGGUCAACACGGGUGAAUAGAAAGAGCAAGGGUCUCCUGAACGGUCAGAUUCACGGAGAGACGCGGCAGGCGAAAUCCAGGAAAGCCAUUAUCAGAAUGUUAGUGGCCGUGGUAAUAGCGUUCUUCGUGUGUUGGACACCGUUCCACGUCCAACGCCUGUUCUACAUCUACGGGUACAGCCUACCGCAGUUCCACGUGAUCAAUGAACAUCUAUUCAACGUAGCUGGCGCGUUGUACUACGUGUCCGCGACUGUUAACCCGAUACUUUAUAAUGUUAUGAGUGCUAGGUACCGUUUAGCAUUCAAGGAGACGCUCUUUUGUCGAAAAAUAGAUCGAAGAGGUUCGAGAAACUUCGAUCACUCGAGACGUGAGACAACCAUGUCCAGUCUAACUAAAGUUCGUUCUAGUUUCUACGGCGAAUCGCGCCAAGCGAAGGUGGACUUCGUUAAAGAAAACCACCGACCUUUCUGCAUCGAAACGAAGGUAGACGAAGAAGUGAUAUUUUAUUACUCUAACGACAAUAAAUCGAUACCAAAUGGAACAGAACUGGAUCCAAUAAAACUUAAUAAUUGAACUUCUUUCGUUUCAUGUUUUUCGUAUUUCGCCUGCCGCGAAUUUGGAAGUUCCAGCGCAGUCAAUUUAUAAUUUUUAAGUAAAUGUAUAUAAAUUAUAAGUAC